CUUUUUCUCUAAUGAUUUAUUAUACCUUGAACAUAUAAAGGAUUCAUUAUAGAAAACAAAUAGGCCAAUGACAGAAUACAAAGUGAAAAUAAAAGUCAAUGGAAUGACAUGCAAUCAUUGUGUGGAAAGCGUGACAAAAGCACUACAGAAUAUCCCGGAAAUCAUCAGUGAUACUGUGGAUGUUGAUUUAAACAAUGCAAUAGCUAUAUUUCAAUUCAGAGAAACUAGGAACCGACCCGAGAGUGACCUCAAGCGUAUGCUGUCCGAGACAAUCGAGGAUUUGGGCUAUGAUUCAGGUACACCUGAAUUGGUACAUGAUUCACCUUGUCAAGAAAAUACACAUAAGGAUGGUUUCCUUUAUGUCACUGUGUCUAUUGGCGGAAUGACUUGCUCGCACUGUACAAGUACUAUUACCAAUGCUCUUCAGGCAUUACCCUCAAUUGAUCCGGAUUCAGUUCAUGUAUCACUUGACCAAGAGCAAGCUACCAUGGUGUUUCCCAAAAAGAACAGCUGUACCGUCACAGAGGCAUCACUGAAAGACACAAUUGAAGACUUGGGCUAUAAUGUCCAUGAAGUGACUUUUGAAGAAAGAGAAAUGGAUACAGACACCACAUAUGAUGAAGCAAGUUCCGUACUGUUCUCGCUCUCUGGUAUGACAUGUGGACAUUGUGUAAAGACAGUAACCGAUGCAUUGAAAUCCUUACCUGGUGUCCUGCAAGAUUCAGUAGAUGUUAGCCUGGAAAAACGUCAAGCAUGGUUCAGAUUUACGGGUGACUCGCUUACAAGCGAUAUGAUCGAACAAGUUGUUGAAGACCUGGGUUAUGGCGUAACCAGCCGUCCUCAUAUCACCAAGGCAUCUACUGGCUCUCGUUUGUCAAAGGUAUCUACUUUGGGCUCUUCGACAGUCUAUAGUGUAGAAAAGGAACCAAUACAAGAAAAGAAAAAGGUCGUGAUGCGUGUCCUGGGUAUGACUUGCCAGUCUUGCGUUAUGUCGGUGACUGAUGCCCUAAAGAGCGAACUGCCUGAUGUAGAACCCAAUUCUGUUUAUGUAAACCUUCAGACUGAAAUGGUCAUGUUUAUUUGCACCAAACCUGAUAAAGAUCAAAUCCAGACAGUAGUUGAGGAUAGAGGCUUUAUUGUUGAAAACAUUCAGAUCAUUCAAAAUUUGAUUCCUCCUGCUCCCAUUGUUGCCACUAACUCGGAUACCAUGGGCUCCAAAGGUUCGGUCUUAUCGUUGGGAUCUGUUCUGGUGGAUGAGUUAUCUCAAUCAAUUGUAACCAAAGUCACCUUUCAAAUUUCAGGCAUGACAUGUUCAAGUUGUGUUCGGACGAUCGAAAGAGGGCUUGAAAAACUACCUGGUGUUGACACGGCAACAGUUCAAGUCAACCUCCUGACUCAAACUGGAACUUUUUCAACCAAGAAUGCCUCAUUGGAUGAGAAAACAGUGACAAAAGCUAUUGAUGAUUUGGGAUAUACUGCAAGUAAAGUUGUGUUUACUACACAAGAGAAGCUUGUUUCAAACAAGGACACGGUGUCUCAGUCCGGCUAUAGAGCAGAAAUGAUCAUCACAGGAAUGCAUUGUCCCAAGUGUAUCGAGAAGGUCCAUUCCUCUCUAAUAAAGUUAUAUGGCAUCAAGACGGACUCUAUCCAAAUCGAUCUCAAGAAUGGUCAUACAAGCUUUGAAUUCACUGGCGAGUUUAUCACUCGUCAAAGGACUCGUCAAGCCAUCAUCCAACUUGGUUUUUCUGCUGAAAGUAUCACCAUUACAAAAACCUCUGGCACAAGUCCUGACACAAAUACAGUAACGGAUCAAAAAGAUGUGGUUUCAACACAUCUUGUAGUCACAGGUAUGACAUGCUCUUCUUGCGUGGCCAAUAUUGAACGAACCUUGAUGAAACUGAACGGUGUGGUCAGCUGCCAUGUCAAUCUUCUGGCCAAAUCUGCCGUAAUCCAGCAUAACCCAGACAUUAUUGGUGCUCGUAGCUUGGCACAGAUGGUGGAACAGAUUGGAUAUAAAGCUGAGCUCGCCCAAAACGCUCAUGGUGAAACAUUAGAAGAACAGCGGGCUUCCAUGAAAGAGGCAAUGGAUCAUGAAAUUCAUGAAUUACGAUCAAGGUUUUUAUGGUCCUUAUUAUUUGCUAUACCCGUUAUUCUGAUUGCCAUGAUCUUCUUAAUGGCUCUGCCUUCUUUCAAUCACAUCAGGAUGAGCCUGAUGAAAGAAAUUACGCAUGGUUUGACCGUUGCGGAUUUGGUUCUCUUUUUGUUGGCUACUCCUGUACAGUUCUGGUUAGGGAAGUCAUUUUAUAUCAAAGCAUAUAAAUCCCUUGUAUAUGCUCGAACGGCUAAUAUGGAAACUUUGGUUGCUAUGGGUACAUCUGUUGCUUAUAUAGCCUCUGUUGCUUCUGUGAUUGCUGCUAUGGUACGUCCUAACUCGGGAUCAAUGAGCAUGAAUUACUUUGAAACCUCGGUUCUAUUGAUCACCUUUAUUCAUCUUGGAAAAUGGUUGGAGGCUUUGGCUAAAGGAAAGACUGCGGAAACGAUCACAAAGCUGAUGGAUCUUCAGCCCGAAAAGGCCAUCCUGGUAGAAACCACAGAGGAUGCAUCUGAUAAACAAGACUCUGAACAGAGCCAAUUUAUAGAAAAAGAGAUUGCUUGUAAAGAUAUACAAGUUGGCGACAUUUUAAAAGUGAACGCUGGUGGACGUAUUCCAUGUGACGGAAAAGUAUGGAAAGGCUCUUCUUCUACUGACGAAUCCAUGAUCACAGGUGAAUCUGUGCCUGUAAACAAGAAGGAAGGUGAUACCGUCAUCUCUGCCACGAUCAACUUGAAUGCACCCAUCUACAUCCGUGCCAUCCGUGUAGGUUCAGACACUACCCUUUCUCGUAUCAUUCAGCUUGUUCAAGAUGCACAGGCUUCUCCAAAGGCGCCCAUUGAGCAGCUGGCAGAUAGCAUUUCUAGCGUGUUUGUUCCUAUUGUCAUUGCAUUGGCUAUCAUUGUGUUUAUUGUUUGGGAAAUAGCUAGUGUAAAGAACCUGUAUCCUGACGCAUGGGUGCCUGAGGGCGAAAGCAAGACCAUCUUUUCUGUAAUGCUAGCUGUAUCUGUGCUUGUCAUUGCCUGUCCUUGUGGUCUAGGCUUGGCCAGUCCAACAGCUGUCAUGGUUGGAACGGGAGUUGCUGCUCAUUAUGGUGUACUUGUCAAAGGCGGAGGCUAUGCCUUGGAAAUGGCCAACCGUAUCACCACGAUUGCUUUUGACAAGACAGGUACCCUGACCAUGGGCAAGCCUGUGGUGACAAACAGUUGGAUUGAUCGUACGGGACAUACAGACGAAAAUGCUCAGCGUAUCGGGGUCUGGAAGAUUUUGGGUCGUGUCAGUUCAGCAAGUAGCCAUCCACUCUCAAAGGCAAUUGAAAAGAAGGCGCGAUCCAUAAUUUACAAAUUAGAAAGCAAUCCUAAAGUACUAGACAGUGAGCUCAGUGACAUCAAUUAUGAGAACGGCGAGACAAGUGAUACAGACAGAUCAGAUCCUUUUGAAGGCGUGACAAUUACUAAUGUACAAGAGGUACCUGGCCGAGGUUUACUGGCUACCAUGACUGUCUCUGAAGAUAUUUCCGACUGUCUUCCUGGACAGCUCAAACAGACGCGUGCUCUCAAUGUGUACUUGGGAAAUCAAGAAUGGAUGGAUGAAAAUCAUGCAAGAUAUCAAAACGCUAGGCAAGCCAAGAUGUGCACUCAGUUGUUAACCGAAUGGCAAGAUCUGGGUCAGUCCAUUGUACUUGUAGCUGCAUCACCCAUUAUGAAUGGCUCUGAAGACGAUGAACAACUCGAUAGUCACCGUGAAGGAUGUAAUAAUGCCUGUGCAUGUGCGGUGUGUCGGUGUAGUACCAACUCAGUAUGCUGUACUGCUUCAAAGACACUAAUGAUAUCCCAACUCGCUAUUGCUGAUAUACCAAGACCUGAAGCCCCUGCGGUUGUGGCUGAAUUAAGAAAACGAAAUAUUGAUGUCUGGAUGAUAACAGGCGACAACGAGCGUACAGGUCGUGUGAUUGGCGCAAAGUUGGGUAUACCCAGUGAAUUCGUGCUAGCAGGUGUCAAACCGGAACAAAAGGCGGACAAGAUCCGUAAUUUGCAAAGGCGCGGUAUUCGAGAAGGCUCGGUGGAUAGCACGAAGCACAUUUGGAAAAAACAUGGAAGGCCAACAAAGCCGGCCGUUGUCGCGAUGGUCGGUGAUGGUAUUAAUGACUCCCCUGCUUUGGCACAAUCGGAUGUUGGUAUCUCUGUUGGUUCCGCAACGGACAUUGCUAUUGAAGCAGCAAGUAUUGUCCUUAUCAAAGAUAAUCUCAUGGAUCUUCUCACAAUAUUGAACUUUUUGUGGGCCUUUAUCUAUAAUGUGGUAGCUAUCCCUGUUGCCGCAGGUAUUUUUUACCCUAUUGCCGGACAAGGAUUACCACCCUACAUCGCGGGUAUCGCCAUGGUGGCUUCAAGUAUUACCGUGGGCACCAAAAAUCGUAAUAGACUCUCAUCAAAUUAA